AACAACCGUAGAAGUGAAAGUUUUCGUCGGGUGCCGCGUUAUAUUUAACGAUUGGGUUUAACGGCAUUGAUCCAUGUUUACAGAUUAUUUCAUCAAUAUAUUUUUUGGACAUUGAACUUUUUGGAUUGUCGCCCUGAUAAAACUACAUUUGAGGCCAAGUGUCGUAAUCUUGACGGAGCCAUUGAGGGCCAUGUUGCCGGAAUUUGUUCUCAAAAAAUUCAUAUGGAGUUUAACCCCUUGAAAUAAGGUCUGCUGGAUUUUCAUGUGUGCCGACAUGUCUCCAGUCAUGUGGAUCAAAAAAUUAUAAAUGCAGAGUCUCGAAGAAAAUGUCGAUAUAUCCACCAGCGAUACUUCGUCUUUUCCAAAAGUGUCAGACUUGACCAAAAACAAAUUUUCAUCGCAUUAUGGUAGAGGAGCUUACAAAAGAUAUCAUCAUAAUCAAGACAAUUCUAAAGGAAAACGAAAGAAAUUUGAAGUCGGUAAACGUCUUAAAGAAGUGGAUGUGGGUAUUACAGAAUAUUAUUUUAAUCAUGAAGGAUUUUCUGGUACCAUAAAAGAAAGAUAUAGUGAUUUUCACGUUCAUGAAAUAGCUCCUAAUGGGCAAAUCGCAAAACUCAGUAAUCAAGAACUCCCUCCGGAGUUGAAGGAUCUUGAAGAUCUGGAGAAAAUUUAUGAGAAUGUUCCAGAAAGUGUGCAAAAACAGAUUCAGUUAUUGUCGGUGGAUGAUUCUUUGACUUCUUCUAUAAAGAUUGAUGUGACAAACAUGAGUAAAGAAUAUCGCAGAGCUAUUCAUGUAAUGGCUAAAACGAUUCCAAAUCUCAUUAGUAGAACUGAAACAAAUGAGGGGGGGAAAAUGAUUACAGUAUCAAAAGUAAAGUGUAGGGCAGAUCGUUCUUCGAAGAGUGAUAGACGGGUUGAUUGGUCGAAAAGAGGUGGUGACUACUGCCAUUUUAUUUUGCAUAAGAUAAAUAUGGACACUAUGGAUGCAUUGAAUCGAAUUUCUAGUUUCCUGCGCCUCAGAGCUAAUUCUUUUUCUUAUGCUGGUACAAAAGAUCGACGAGCAAAAACAACCCAAUGGGUUAGUGUCAAGAAAAUUGAUCCUAAGGACAUUCUUCGAGCGGCAAAAUCUGUGAGAGGGUUGUUCGUGGGAAAUUUUAAGUUUGAUGCAUCACCACUCAAAUUAGGAAGGCUAAGUGGAAAUCGGUUCACUAUUGUAUUGAGGAAUGUUGUAGACAGUGCUGAAAAAAUUGAAAAAGCAAUGAUUGCAUUAAGGGACAAUGGUUUUAUUAACUACUUCGGCUUGCAACGGUUCGGAACUAUAGCAGAUAUUCCUACUCACGAAAUCGGUAGAGCUCUUUUGCAGGGUAAUUGGCAGGAAGCAAUACAUUUGAUAUUGAAGCCAAGAGAAUGUGAGCAGGACAAACGCUUAGUAGAAGCUAGACAAAUAUAUAAUGAAACUGGAGACCCAAAAGCAGCAUAUAAGAAACUCGACAGAAUCGAUAAAAUAGAAGCUAAAAUUCUUUCUGCAUUGCAUCUACAUGGUAAUAAUAAUCCACAAGCAGUGUUAAGUGCCGUUUCUAGAAAUACCAUCCUCAUGUAUCUUCACGCAUAUCAAAGCUUCGUGUGGAAUCAGGUUGUUUCAAAAAGGAUUAGUGUGUACGGGAUAAAGCCCAUCAUAGGCGAUUUGGUGUACGCAAAUCCUAAUACUGACGAAAUUAUUGAAUCCAGUUGCUUGGAUAAGCCUGAGUCUCCCGAAGAAUGCGAUACCAUGGAAACUGAAGUACAACAUAAUUUACCUAAAGUGAAAAUUUUAAAGCAGGAUGACCUAAACAAUUUCAGUUUAGAACAAGUCAUUAUGCCACAACCUGGAUGGAAAGUUGUAUACCCUCCUUACGCAUUGUCCUGGUACAAAGAAUUUCUAGGCGAAGAUGGAUUAACGACAGAUUUGAAACAGAAAAACAAGAAGUACACGCUAGGCGGAUCUUAUAGAAGAAUAAUACAAGUUCCACUUAAUUUGACAUGGAGCAUCGUCCAAUACAAUGAACCAAAUGAAGAUUUGGUUGCUUCUGACAUCGAUGAAGUAAGGGAAGUACAAUCAUUCAAAAGUUCACCAGGUGGGAAAUACAAGGCACUGAUUAUAGCAAUGGCACUUCCGUCAUCUACAUAUGCUACGAUGGCACUACGUGAAGUAUUGAAAGCCGACACAUCUGCUGAAUCCCAAGCUGCACAAUCUGCGAAAUAUCACGAGCCGGAGAAUAAUAAAAUUGAUUAACUGUUGAUAAAAUAUAAGCAGAUAAAAAAUAAUGUUAAAAAAUUUGUAUUCUCGUGUACUAUGUAAAUAUAAAACAAUAGAAUUCAAUUUACGUCUGAAUAGCCAAAUUAAA